CGACUUCCGACUUCCGGCUGGGUGGCCAUCUCGCGGUGAGACAGCAGGAGCGGGUGCCGGUGAUGAUGUCCUCCGCAGCCGUGUCUUGGGGUCCCGGCCGAGAGCUGGCGAUGGAGCCGCGCGGCGCCGGCCCCGUGCAGCUGCGCUUCUCGCCCUACGCGUUCAACGGAGGUACUGUAUUGGCUAUUGCUGGAGAAGAUUUUUCAAUUGUUGCUUCUGAUACUCGACUGAGUGAAGGGUUUUCAAUCCACACCCGGGACAGUCCCAAAUGUUACAAAUUAACAGACAAAACAGUCAUUGGAUGCAGCGGUUUCCAUGGAGACUGUCUAACCCUGACGAAGAUUAUUGAAGCAAGACUAAAGAUGUACAAGCAUUCCAAUAACAAGGCCAUGACCACGGGGGCAAUUGCAGCAAUGCUGUCCACAAUCCUCUACUCGCGGCGCUUCUUUCCGUACUACGUUUACAACAUCAUCGGGGGACUCGACGAAGAAGGGAAGGGAGCCGUGUACAGCUUUGACCCAGUGGGCUCCUACCAGAGAGACUCCUUCAAGGCGGGAGGUUCAGCAAGUGCCAUGCUGCAGCCCCUGCUGGACAACCAGGUCGGUUUUAAGAACAUGCAGAAUGUGGAGCACGUCCCGCUGUCUUUGGACAGAGCCAUGCGGCUUGUGAAAGACGUCUUCAUUUCUGCUGCCGAGAGGGAUGUGUACACCGGGGACGCCCUGCGGAUCUGCAUCGUGACCAAGGAGGGCAUCCGGGAGGAGACGGUGCCCCUGCGGAAGGAUUGACCUCUGUGCCACGCGCUGCUUUGUUUAUUGAAAUAAACCCUGAUGCUCGUCCUGUUGGAACUUGGCUUCUCUCAGCAGCACAGGUCUGGGGGCUGCGUUCCCUUUCCUUUCAUUUUCCUCAUUCCUCCACACUUUUCUGUCCUCCAGAGCUAUUUCUUAUUUUAAGGAUGAAAAAAUAAACAGCUCAUGUCAGUUUUCCUUACA